CCGCGCCCCUCGCCCACCGCCAGUCCUCGUCCUGCGCCUGAGGCGGCCGGGCUCCGCCUCGCUCCCGGCGGGUGCGCGCUUGGGGGCGGCGGUCGGGCUGCGGGGCGCGUCCUCGCCGCGCUCGUGCUCCUCCCCUCCGCGUUUCUCCCUGUCUCCCCCUUCCCUGUGCUCGUCUCCUUCUCCUCCUGGUCCUCGCUCGCUCCCCGCGUCGCCAGCGGCAAGAUGGCGGCGCCCAGGCCGCAGCCCGCCCGGCUGUCGGGCAUCAUGGUCCCCGCGCCCAUCCAGGACCUGGAGGCCCUGCGGGCGCUCACGGCGCUCUUCAAGGAGCAGCGCAAUCGAGAAACAGCUCCCAGGACCAUCUUCCAGAGAGUCUUGGAUAUCUUGAAGAGAUCUUCUCUCACUGUUGAGCUGGCCUGCAGGGAUCCGACCCAGGUGGAACAUCUGGCUUCCAGCCUGCAGCUGAUAACAGAGUGCUUCCGGUGUCUCCGCAACGCGUGCAUAGAGUGCUCUGUGAACCAGAACGCCAUCAGGAACUUGGAUACAAUUGGCGUUGCUGUUGAUCUGAUUCUUCUGUUUCGUGAGCUGCGCGUGGAGCAGGACGCCCUGCUGACAGCCUUCCGCUGCGGCCUGCAGUUCCUGGGCAACAUCGCCUCUCGGAAUGAAGACUCACAGUCCAUAGUCUGGGUGCACGCGUUCCCCGAGCUGUUCAUGUCGUGCUUAAAUCAUCCGGACAAGAAGAUCGUUGCCUACUGCUCGAUGAUCUUGUUCACGUCGCUCAACGCUGAAAGAAUGAAGGAGCUGGAGGAAAACCUCAACAUUGCCAUUAAUGUCAUAGAGGCGCACCAGAAGCAGCCGGAGUCCGAGUGGCCGUUCCUGAUCAUUACAGACCACUUUUUGAAAAACCCGGAGCUGGUGCAAGCCAUGUACGCCAAACUGAGCCAUCAGGAAAGGGUCACACUCUUAGACCUCAUGAUUGCCAAGCUGGUGAGCGAUGAGCAGCUGACCAAGGAUGAGAUCUCCGUAUUUUUGCACCACGCUGAGCUGAUUGCAAGCUCCUUUGUGGACCAGUGCAGGUCUGUGCUUAAGCUGACCUCCGAGCAGCACGCCGAGGAUGAGGAAGUCCUGGCCACCAUCAGGCUGCUGGAUGUGCUGUGUGAAAUGGCGGCCAACACCGAGCUGCUGGGCUGUCUGCAGGCUUUCCCCGGCUUACUGGAAGGAGUAAUCGAUCUUCUCCGAGUGAUUCACGUGACUGGAAACAACACCACAAACAUCUUUAGUACCUCUGGUUGUGUCAGAGCGGAAGGUGACGUCUCCAAUAUGGCCGAGGGGUUUAAGUCUCAUCUCAUCCGUCUGAUCGGAAAUCUGUGUUACAAGAAUAAAGAUAACCAGGACAAGGUGAACGAGCUGGACGGCAUCCCACUGAUCCUGGACAGCUGCAGCAUCGAUGACAGUAACCCCUUCCUGACCCAGUGGGUGGUGUACGCCAUCCGCAACCUCACCGAGGACAACAGCCAGAACCAGGAUCUGAUCGCCAAGCUGGAGGACCAGGGCCUGGCAGACGCCUCUCUGCUGAAGAAGAUGGGGUUCGAAGUUGAAAAGCGGGGGGAGAAGCUGAUCUUGAAGUCCACAUGUGACCCCCCGCCGCAUGACUGAACUCUCCACCCAGACGUCUGAGUGCUCAUGGUCUGUGUCGUGGGAUUUCCCUCCUCGCGGUUUACGGGGUCAGCGUCCACAUCCGGGAAGCUGUGAGCCCUUAGGUAAUAGAGCUCCACUGCGAGCUGCAGGGGAAGGUGCUCGCAUCCUGCUUUCUCUCUGUGCAUCAGUGUAACUGUCUGUGUGCCUUUGUCCCCUGGAUAGCGUGUGCGUGUGAGUCGUAGGCUGUGCUUAACUGGCAGCAGAUAAUAAACCUUCUCUCGGGGCCGCAGCCCCCAUUUGUCAAA